AUGAGCAUGGACGCGGCGAAUCUGAAGCUCGCGGAGGGGCUGGUGUCACCGUCGUACGUGCGACAGGGCGCGCAGUCGCUCGCGCAGCGACACAACAUGGUGAAGAGCCUGUUAUCGCAAAGGAAGCUCCCAAGGGACGGCUGGGAUGAUGACACGAUCGAGCUGCUGCUCAAGGACCUGUCACUGAUGGACAGCAGUGGGUUCAAGGGGGGGGUGGGCAUGGGGGAGAGGGAGGCGCGGUGUGCAAGCGGGCUGGUGAGGCGGCGGCACUACGGGAUGACGCAUGGCAUGGGGCGGUCGGGGAACAUUGCAGACGAGCAGCCUAAGGCAGCGGGGUCAACACUGGCAUGUCGCCUCACGAAUCUACUUGUCAGGGACGCCCUCUCCCUUGCAGGUCUCAAAGACAUAUCAGCAGUGACGGUGCUGCCAGUGGCAACAGGCAUGGCUCUCACUCUCUCGCUCCUCGCUCUCAAAGCCAGCAGACCCGCCGCACAGUACGUGCUAUGGUCUCGCAUCGACCAGAAGACAUGCCUCAAGUGCAUCCUCACUGCGGGCCUCACACCCGUGGUGCUUCCUGUGCGUCGGGAGGGCGACCAACUGUGCACGGAUCUUGCAGCCAUGGAAAGGGAGGUGCAAUCCCGAGGGGCCCACAGCAUCCUCUGUGUGCUCUCCACCACCUCGUGCUUCGCUCCCAGAGCCCCAGAUACUGUCGAGCCCAUCGCUCGCCUCUGCUCCCGUCUCUCCAUCCCCCAUGUCAUCAACAACGCAUACGGUGUGCAGAGCGCUGCAAUCAGCGCUGCUAUCACGCGCGCAUGGAGGAGGGGGCGGGUGGACGCUAUUGUGCAGAGCACCGAUAAGAACUUCCUUGUGCCCGUUGGGGGUGCUGUUGUUGCUGCUGGUCCCGGGGGGUCAACGCUGGUCAACGCAGUCAACGCCUCGUAUCCAGUGGGCCAUACCCUUCCCCAUGCAGUGGGCCAUACCCUUCCCCAUGCAGUGGGCCAUACCCUUCCCCAUGCAGUGGGCCAUACCCUUCCCCAUGCAGUGGGCCAUACCCUUCCCCAUGCAGUGGGCCAUACCCUUCCCCAUGCAGUGGGCCAUACCCUUCCCCAUGCAGUGGGCCAUACCCUUCCCCAUGCAGUGGGCCAUACCCUUCCCCAUGCAGUGGGCCAUACCCUUCCCCAUGCAGUGGGCCAUACCCUUCCCCAUGCAGUGGGCCAUACCCUUCCCCAUGCAGUGGGCCAUACCCUUCCCCAUGCAGUGGGCCAUACCCUUCCCCAUGCAGUGGGCCAUACCCUUCCCCAUGCAGUGGGCCAUACCCUUCCCCAUGCAGUGGGCCAUACCCUUCCCCAUGCAGUGGGCCAUACCCUUCCCCAUGCAGUGGGCCAUACCCUUCCCCAUGCAGUGGGCCAUACCCUUCCCCAUGCAGUGGGCCAUACCCUUCCCCAUGCAGUGGGCCAUACCCUUCCCCAUGCAGUGGGCCAUACCCUUCCCCAUGCAGUGGGCCAUACCCUUCCCCAUGCAGUGGGCCAUACCCUUCCCCAUGCAGUGGGCCAUACCCUUCCCCAUGCAGUGGGCCAUACCCUUCCCCAUGCAGUGGGCCAUACCCUUCCCCAUGCAGUGGGCCAUACUCUUCCCCAUGCAGUGGGCCAUACCUUCCCCAUGCAGUGGGCCAUACCCUUCCCCAUGCAGUGGGCCAUACCCUUCCCCAUGCAGUGGGCCAUACCCUUCCCCAUGCAGUGGGCCAUACCCUUCCCCAUGCAGUGGGCCAUACCCUUCCCCAUGCAGUGGGCCAUACCCUUCCCUUCCCCAUGCAGUGGGCCAUACCCUUCCCCAUGCAGUGGGCCAUACCCUUCCCCAUGCAGUGGGCCAUACCCUUCCCCAUGCAGUGGGCCAUACCCUUCCCUUCCCCAUGCAGUGGGCCAUACCCUUCCCCAUGCAGUGGGCCAUACCCUUCCCCAUGCAGUGGGCCAUACCCUUCCCCAUGCAGUGGGCCAUACCCUUCCCCAUGCAGUGGGCCAUACCCUUCCCCAUGCAGUGGGCCAUACCCUUCCCUUCCCCAUGCAGUGGGCCAUACCCUUCCCCAUGCAGUGGGCCAUACCCUUCCCCAUGCAGUGGGCCAUACCCUUCCCCAUGCAGUGGGCCAUACCCUUCCCCAUGCAGUGGGCCAUACCCUUCCCCAUGCAGUGGGCCAUACCCUUCCCCAUGCAGUGGGCCAUACCCUUCCCCAUCCUGCACCCCAUCCCACCCCACGUCGUGCGGCCAUCUCGCCCAUCCCAGACUACGGGCGUCCAUCUCGCCCAUCCUAGACGUCCUCAUAACCCUCCUCUGCCUACCGGCCGGGCGUCCAUCUCGCCCAUCCUAGACGUCCUCAUAACCCUCCUCUCCCUGGGGGCGAGCGGGUGGCAGGCGCUGCUGCAGGAGAGGGAGCAACUCUUUCCUUACCUGCGCGAGCAGAUGCAAGGAGUGGCAGAGAGGCAUGGUGAGUGGAACGAGAGAGGCAUGGUGAGUGGUGUAAGGAACGAGAGAGGCAUGGUGAGUGGUGUAAGGAACGAGAGAGGCAUGGUGAGUGGUGUAAGGAACGAGAGAAGCAUGGUGAGUGGUGUAAGGAACGAGAGAAGCAUGGUGAGUGGUGUAAGGAACGAGAGAAGCAUGGUGAGUGGUGUAAGGAACGAGAGAAGCAUGGUGAGUGGUGUAAGGAACGAGAGAGGCAUGGUGAGUGGUGUAAGGAACGAGAGAAGCAUGGUGAGUGGUGUAAGGAACGAGAGAAGCAUGGUGAGUGGUGUAAGGAACGAGAGAAGCAUGUGCAUGGGAAGGGGCAGCGUGCGGGGGAGGGGCAGGCAGGCGCUGCUGCAGGAGAGGGAGCAGCUUUUUCUGUUCCUGCCUCCUCUCCCGUGUGUCACCUCUCCCGUGUAUCACCUCCCUUCGCCAGACAACCCCAUCUCCCUCUCCUCCCUCAUUGAAGGUCACCUUUCCCAAAUAUCACCUCCCCCUCCCCUGGCAGGAGAGAGGCUGCUGCAGUCGCCAGACAACCCCAUCUCCCUAGCCAUAUCCCUCUCCUCCCUCGUCCCCGCUCAUGCGCCUGCUGACGUGGCCUGCGCUGCUGCUGACUCAGCACCACCAGCCGAGUCAUCACCAACUGCCGCUGCUGAUGUUGCUGACUCUGGGCCCUCGUUGGCCACUACAGUGGGAACAACAGAGACGCUAGCAGCUACUGUGUCGUCGGCACCAUCAGCAGCAGUAGCAGCAGCACCACCACCAGUAGCGUUACCAGCAGCAGCAGCAGCAGCAGCAGCAACAGCAGCAGCAGCAGGUGUGGAGCAGAGGGAGACAUUCGACUCGAGAGAACAAACCAGCUCACCAGGAGCAGCCGCCCCACCUGCCACUGCCGCUUCUCUCGCCUCUCCUCUCUCCAUCCCACCAACCCAAGCACCUGCAUUCCUGUGUGGUCCCUCUAUAAAGCCCUCGGCUGCUUUCUUGAUUCCGCCCUCCACUCCCCCACCGCACGCAUCCCCCAUCCCCUCUGCUGAUGUCACCUCUACCACGAUCACAAAAGUGGAGACCACAAAAGCGCCCCUCAAGUCACCACCACAAGCUCCCCCCAUCACGUUCCUCGGGUCAAUGCUCUUCUCACGGUGCGUUUUGCCCCUGUCUGUCCCCUCCCAUUUCCUGGCGAGUUUUUCGUCAGAAAAACGAUGA